AUGUUUUCUCUAUCUCAAAGAGUACAAUAUAUUGGAAAUUUUUCCAUGACCAUUGGUUUGGUCAUAAUUGCCCUUAUUAUUGGUUCCUCUCAUUUUGAUUUGUUUCAAAAAGAUAUCUUGAGAAAUAGUCAAGCUGCUAUUGCUAACAUUAAACCAAUUGUAGGGCUGAGAACAAGUAGGUUCUACGGUGCUUCUAAUGGUAAUCCAAAAGAAAAUACAAGAAUUGCAUUUGAUUUAAAUACAGAUUUAUCAGGAUUGUUCAAUUGGAAUACUAAACAAGUCUUUGUUUAUUUAACAGCAGAAUAUAAUAAUACUGAAAAGGGUACUGUCAACGAAGUAACCUUCUGGGAUGCUAUAUUACCUGAUGCUGACCAUGCUAUAAUUAAAUUGGAAAAUGCUAGAUCUAAAUAUUCAGUAUGGGAUUAUGCAGGUGAUUUAAGUGGAAAGGAUUUGCAAUUUAAAUUACAUUGGAAUGUCCAACCACACAUUGGUCCAUUGAUGUAUGGUGUCGCUCAAGGUGAUGAUGUUAUAGUUAAUAUCCCAAAACCUGAAUCAAAAGUAUAG